AAUUCACUGGUUAAGAAAACUGGAAAUGACUUCAUUACUAACAACAUUGGGCAGUCUCGUACUGGGUGGCUUUCUUCUCCUCUUCUCCCUCCCACUCUAUCUCAAACUCAGAAGAGCUAGUAAACUCAAUCUGCCUCCCUCGCCACCGAAAUUACCAAUUCUUGGCAACCUUCAUCAGCUGGGCAAACUACCUCAUCGCUCUCUUCUUGCCUUAUCUCAUAAGUAUGGCCCCUUAAUGUUUCUACAUAUUGGUCAGUCUCCAACCCUGGUGGUUUCAUCAGCAGAGAUGGCUAGAGAAAUCAUGAAAAACCAUGACGUUGUUUUCUCGAGUCGGCCAAAUAGCAUGGCUGCGGAAAUCCUGUUUUAUGGACGCACAGACAUUGGUUUUGCUCCUUAUGGGGAAUACUGGAGACAGCUUAGGAAGAUUUGUGUGCUUCAACUUCUGAGCAUCAAGAGAGUGCAAUCAUUUCAGUUUGUAAGAGAGGAGGAAGUAACUGUGUUGAUCGAUAAACUCCGCUCUGCAGCUCUUGAAAGAUCUUCUUUGCCUGGCGGUGAAACUGAGAAAUUGGACAUGGAUGAAGCUUUUGGGCUAACAACUGGCAAGAAAUCCCCCCUUCAUCUUGUACCAAUUCUGCACUUUCCUUGAUUUGUGCCUAGCCAUGCUUGUCUUCUUUUCCCUUUUUUUUUUUUUUUUUUUGGGUGUUUUCUAAAGGGUUGGCUAUACAACAAGGAUAACCCCUUUGUGUUUAGCCAUGCUUGUCUUUUUAUUUUUUGGGGUGUUUUCUGAAGGGUUAGCUAUACAACAAAGAUAGCCCUUUUAU